AUGCACACGUCAAUACGUCCCAAUCAGUUCGUCAUCUUGCGACUGCCCUCGGAGACGACGAAAGUUCAAAAAGUCGUCCCUAAUACGCAUGUGCCCAGUCAAUUUACUCUCUUCGUCGCGAUUAUCGGCCGCCCAUUAUAUGUGACCUACGAGAUCCUUGAGGCGCCAGGGAACACUCGCUUGCGCAUUGUUCCUGCCGCAGAGCUGCAUGCGGAGUCGUUGAUUACGGACGGAGAAGGUGACGAUGACCUCGAAGUGAACGAGGAGGGACUGCCUGUCCGCACAAAUCAAAACACAGUCGACGAUGCGUCGACCCAAAAAUUGACACUAGAGGAGAUCGAAGCGCUGAAGAAGGAGUCUACAGAUGCGGGUAGGGAUAUAAUCGCGAAGAUACUGGAAUCGCAUUCGACCAUAGACCAGAAGACGGCAUUCUCGUUGGCCAAAUACACAUUGCGCAAGCAGAAGAAGUAUAUGAAGCGAUUCACGGUAUUCCCGAUGGACGUCAGCGGUCUCACGAACUAUAUGCUGGAAAACAGGGACUCCGCCUCGAAGAGUAUGGAAUUGCGCGACGAACUGAUUGGCCUGAUAGGGAGCUGGGGGAACGUGCAUCAUGGUGGCGAUGCCUCAUUACAAGCCACACUAUCAAGACCAAAUGGUCGCUACCUCGUUGUAGAUGAUACUGGAGGGCUUCUCGUCGCAGCUAUGGCGGAACGAAUGGGACUGCUAUACCCCGACGAAGAUCGAGAAAAUGUUGAGAAUGUGUCCGCUGCGGACGGUAGCACAGAAGAACCCGCGUCAAUGUCAUUACAACGAAAAGAUCGCCCGGCUCAGAUGUCCGCUACCGAGAACACCAUCACCAUCCUCCACGCGAACAAACAACCAAACGCAUCGCUCCUAAAAUACUUUGGCUACGACCACAACGCUCCCGAAGAAUCCCAUCCCCUAUACAGACACUUGAAAUCCGUUUCCUGGCUCCAACUCCUCGACCCAGAAGCUGAUCCCAUUUACGCUGAGGAGCCCGCCAUAAUUCCCGACGCGGAGCUCGCAACUCUCAAAACCAACAAGCGCGGCGCAUACCACCGAAAACGAAACCGCUGGGCCCGCGUGCAGAGCGUCGUCAAUGAAGUUCGCGCAGGUGGCUACGAUGGCCUUGUCGUCGCUACACUCAUGGAUCUUGAUAGUGUCCUCAAACACACAGUCCCACUUCUAGCUGGCUCCGCACCAGUCGUCGUAUACUCGCCAACCAUUGAACCGCUAACGGAGAUUGCGGAUCUUUACUCUACGGCACGGAAAACGGCUUAUAUCAAUCGGAAGCGGGAGUUAGAAGAAAAGCAAGGCCAGUCUGCCAAUGGCGAGUUCCCAGAACUAGCUGCUGAAUUUAAUUUGAACCCUACACUUUUAUUGGCACCUACACUGGAAACAGUUAGGGUGCGUCAGUGGCAGGUCCUUCCGGGUCGUACGCAUCCCAUGAUGUCUGGACGUGGAGGAGCGGAGGGUUACGUCUUUCAUGGCAUUCGUGUUAUCCCGUCAACAGGGUUCAUCCAGGCUGCUGGAAAUCCGAGCCGGAAAAGGAGAAAGCUUGCAACUGAAUCGACUGCUCAGUCAACUGCUACGCCUGGAAGCACAAGUGCUGAUGUCGAGAUGAAGUCAUGA